GCUGUAUGAGGACUUGCGAGUGGCCGUUUGAAGGCUCCGUCGUCAGAUGUAUCAGGAUAAUUUGUCCUCAGCAAAUCAUUACAAUCAUUGAUGGUUCCAGCUCACCAUACAUGGCCGAUAUGAACAAUCCAAGGGAAGAAGAUGAUAAUCUUACGCUGGGAGACAUACAGCCUGGGCUCGAUAUUUGCAACACGCAGCCUCGCGUCAUACUUUCUCGGUUCAAUGAGGACGUCGGUUCCUCGUCGAUCAAUGCGACAAAUCCAAGACGAGAUGAGCAAAGUCUGUCCCCUGAAGCCUCCAGGGCGCCCCUAGAUCACCAAAGAUUGAGUAUCGAAGACGACGAGAUCAGCAUUCAAACCCAAAAUGACAGAGGGUACGCAGCUGCUGAGCGGGCUUUCGAUAAGGGCACAUUUGCGACUUACCAGGAAACUGGGCCCGUCAUAGCAGAGUUGGUCUUCGGACAAAUGGGCACACACUUGCAAGGCAGGGAGCCGGAAUGUGCGACGAAGACAACAUUCGUUAAGUCCAUGGCACUUGAAGUUCUCAAAUCUCUCGAAAAGUACGACGGACGAUCCCAAGGACCAAAAUGGUUACCAGUCAACCACCUAUUCAGAAUUAUUACACGACAGUCCGUUCUUCGAGCAUUGAAGGAAUCUCUUGCCGAAUCGGAGCUUUCCCAGAAAGCACUGGAGAAAUGUGCGGAAGCUGUGUGUCCCCCAGCUGGCUCAGGAAACACCAUCGGGUCACGAAGCAUGUUCGCGAUCCUCACGAUCUUGAACAGAGUUGAAGAAAUUCGGGAGUACAUUAAGCUUGGACUCUCGGACGACAACUUGCCAUUCAUCGCCGGUCCAGAUCAAUUGAGUCAGUUUGGCCAGCUGUUUCCGAAGGGUGCUCAAUUUCAACACUCCCAUGAGUCAUUCGGACACAGUUGGUCAUUCGAAACAUGGGGUGCGUUGAAGGAGUGGCAAAAGAUAAUGCGGUCGCCUUUUUUUGCAAUUGAUCCUGGCGACAGAGAACGUGAUAUUCCUCACUAUGAGUUGGAGCCCGACACAGUUUUGCCCUUUAUCAAAGAGUUUCCGGCCACGUCGUCCACGAUGACCUCUUACAGCAAAGUGCAGCGAGUUCAAAUCCAUAUGCAUCACCAUACCAUGUACAAGGGGUUUAAUGACGAGAACCCGUGCUUUGCCGUCAAAGAACUGCUCCCUGAGCUUGGCAACCAAAACACAAGCCGCGAAAUCAACUUUAGAGAAGAGGUGCGGGCUUUAGCCAAGACCGUGGGUCUUUCGAGCCAUGACCAUGUCAUCAAGCUACUUGCAACUCGGAGGAGAGGGGACAGUUGGAGCAUGCUGUUUCCAUGGGCUAGAAGCAAUCUCAAAGAUUACUGGCUGGAAGAGUCCCCUGAUUCCAAAAUAUCGCCAGAUUUUGUCAAGUGGAUGUCCACACAAUGCCUGGGCCUUGCAGAAGGCCUGAAGAAGAUUCACAAGAGUCCUUCAGGCCAUGCAGAACAGUUUGGCAUUGCAGAAGAGUUUGGUAUUCAUGGAGACAUCAAGCCCGAGAACAUCCUCCUCUUCGACAGCAAAUCGAACGUAUAUGGAACGAUGGUCAUCAGUGACUUCGGAUACACUCGCUUUCAUAGAAGAAACACUCGGUCAAACACCCCUGUAGUGGGCUUUAGUCCAACUCACAGAGCCCCAGAACUUGACCUUGAACAGACCAUCUCCAGAUCGUACGACAUGUGGACAUUUGGUUGCGUGUUUCUGGAGUUCAUCACCUGGUAUCUGGAGGGACCAACCGGAAUCGAGCAUUUCGUGAACCAGCGGAUUCAUGAUGACAAAGGAGCACCUCCAGGCUUUUCCGAAGACAAGUUCUUCAACAUCAGCAAGACAAUUGGCAGACAGAAAAACCCGAAAGUGAAGCGCUCAGUCGAAGAAUGGAUAGCACAUUUGAGAAAGCAGCCACAUUGCGGUGGUUACUUUCAAGACUUCCUGGAUCUGAUAGUCAAGGAACUCUUGCAACCCGAUCCUAGAGAACGAGGAAGGUGUGACAAAGUCGCCGAGCAUCUCAGAGAUUUAGAGCGCAAGUGCAAAUUUGGAACGCUCGAGUACCUCAUGGGCGAUGUCUCUGUGCCCUUGAUGCCUAUAACCUCAUUAGGCAGAAUAUCGUCUCCACGUCAAUCAAAAAGUUACCGACCUCAGCCAAGAUGUCCUUCAGUAAUAAGCUCGCUCUGCGAUAUUACUUGGGGCUCUUAUAGCGACCGUGGGUCAUCGAAGUGGCCACAUCGAUUUAUGAACAACAUCGACGCGAUGCUCUUCAAAGGCAGUUCUUCACGAGAUGGUGGCGAGGAACAUCACCGGCAGCCGAUGGGAAGUCCUCGAAAUGGGCCAGCAAUCCAGCCGACUGAACGAACGCCAUUGUUCCAAUCUGCUCCUAUGGCAAUCUCCUCUAUCCCUUACGUUGACACUUUCUAUCAGGGACCAAGAAGUGAAAGUAGACUGGAUGCGAAUGAUCAGGUAGCCGCUCCGAGAUAUCCCCAUGAACCCUUCCAGCGGGAACAAAUGAUUGCAAGCACCCGCGCACAGAGCAACCACUCCCGUGACUUAACGAAUGGCGGACUGGGUGAUCAAAUCAGUGAUAUUAGAAGUAUUGAGCAUAAGAGACCCGGCUCUUUUCUUUCGGUUUAUACUGAUGGACAUUGGUGUGGAUUGAAGACUGCAAUUCGGUGUUGUUUCGCAUUUUCGGAAGACUCUCAAACAUCCAGAAAUGACUAGACCACGUCUGGGACUUAUCAUUUGUUACUACACUACGGUUUCAUGUGGCGUUUCUAUUCGGCGUUUUGUUCAAAAGGCAUUGUUUUAUUUACUUUAUCGCUGAAAAAGGCCUUAAUGUUUGAUAUCAAAGAGCCUAUUAUCAGUACAAUUAGAGGGAGCAUGUUUGUAUUUGAUGUCACGUUGGUUUAGGCGCAUUAAACUUUAUUUUU